AAAAAAAAGUGGAGCUGGGUUCACCAAACCCAGCAAAUGGGUUCCAUCGAACCCGAGUUGGGUUCUGUCGAACCCAGUAGAUUUGGGUUCAGUGGAACCCAACAGAUGGGUUCCAUCAAACCUGAGUUGGGUUCCCUUGAACCCAGAUUAGUUGGGUGGAAUAAUGUCUCUGGUCCUGAGAGAAUAGAUGCUAAAAUGUAUAUUGAGUUUCUAGAAGCAGAGACUGAGGAACUAAAUCGUCAAGUUGGUAGAAAAACUGCAAAUGGACAAAAUGAGCUAUUGGAAUAUCUCAAGUCUCUCCAGCCACAAAAUCUGAAGGAGUUGACUAGUAUUGCUGAUGAGGAUGUUGUGCUUGCAAUGAACACAUUCAUCAAGCGUCUUCUGGCUGUUUCUGAUCCUAGCCAAAUGAAGAAAAGUGUAACAGAGACUAGUGCCUCAGAACUUGCCAAGCUUCUUUACUGGCUCAUAGUGGUCGGUUACAGCAUCCGUAAUAUUGAAGUCCGAUUUGACAAGGAAAGAGUACAUAUUGGAACCCCUCCGAAGCUUGCAGAGUUGCCUCCAGGAGAAAAUAUUUAGGCCUUUUGCAUAACAAAAGAGGAUAUAGCCAAGUUGGAGCAUAUUGAUCUGAAUGCCUCCUAACCUAAUGCAUUAAGUUUGCAACUUGUGGGAGGAAAGGGCUAAUAUUUGAUAAUGUGCGGACAGGACAUGACAAUUU